UAAAUCUAACAUGGUGGCUUUGAAAUCAGCAAGAAAAACUGAAAAACCAAUUUGAAGAUAAAAUUCUAGUAAAUUGUGGGGGGAAAUGGGCGAACGUGAUAUAUUUAUGUCCACAGAAAGUGUUUGGCCCCAGCUGCCGUUUCAAGUCCUAAUUGACAUCUUUAAGAACCUCAGCAACAGGGACAAGUUUAACGCGGCCAUGACGUGUAAGGCGUGGGUUCCACUCCUAGACGUACCUGCCUUGUUUACCACGGGACAUUUCCUGUUCCAGUCGGAUGACGUCAAGAGGGCGCUGUUGUUUGCAAGGGCACGAGGAAAAUGGCUACGUCACGUCUACGCCGACUGUUUUAAACUGCCGAAUGACGACGAUGUUCCAUUUAAACCCGGUCCGUGCGAGCCGCCGGGCAUCGAACUGAUGUACCAGUUCAUAGCCAGCCUACUCCACUGUAGGAACAACAAACUCAACACCAUCUCGCUGAAGAACAUUAAGUUUCUGAAGACCUUCUCGGAUGAUGGGAAAGAGAGACCCAAGUCGCACUUGUUAAGAAUUAUAACCACGCUGGUGGAAGCGCAACAACAGCUUCGGGAGCUGGAUCUUACCAAUGCCAGUCUAGAAAUAGAUAAGGGUUCGAAGCUAUUGCAAGCGGCCAGUCGUUCCUGUUCUAAAACUCUCCACAAGUUGGCUAUUGACAGGUUUAUUCAACUAAAUCGACAGGAUUUAACUGCCUUUAAGGCUGCUCUCUACAGCUUUGAAAAUCUGUAUGAGCUAGAGGUCGGCUAUGAUUUUUUGAGUGACACGUUCUUGAAGGAUCUGGCGGGGACAUCAAGGUGCAGCUUACGACUGCAGGUGCUGACUGUUCGGGCCACCUACAAGGCUGACGUCGGUACCAGCACUAGCCGGGAGGCUUGGCAGAAGCUCACGGCAUCCCUCCCUGAGCUCAAAGUGGUUUUCUUUAUAAAGCCGAAAAGUCGUUCAGAGGAGUCCUAUUACGACAUAGCACCGCAAGUUAUUCUCGUCCCCUCAAUGCCCCUGUACGGGCUACAUUGGGCCACAGGCAGCUUUAUUUCUGUUGAGAACAUUAUCUUAUGUUUCCAAUACAUCGCCACUAACUUUAAGAGCUCUCUACACCAUCUCGACUUGACAUCAGAAGUUCGCCUAGACAACGAAGCCAUCGGGGAACUUUUCCAGAGCCUUCAAGUGUGUAAGAGGCUCAAGACUUUUGUUCUAGGUUUGCCGUGCGAUUUAAAAACCGAUGAACGGGACUACCAACAGGCCAUUUCAAAGGCUAUGCGCCAACAUGAAGCGACGUAUGCCGUUACUCUUAACGGUCAGAAAGUUCUGGAAGUGUGUUAAAUGUUAUAGGUGGUUGGUUGGUGGAGCGUGGGAUAUUUGGCUGUUAUGGAUGGUCAACGUUGGAUGAAAUCAAAAUAUGUUAUUGAUAACUACACCGACAAAUACUAUGUUGGUGUAAGUGCACUCAGAUGCGUCGAAGGGAGGGUGUGUGGAAAUGGUCAGGUUAACUUCAUUUAGGAAAUGACACUAAAAAAAUGUAUUGUUUAAACUUUCACUACAUAUUUUCUUUGAAAUUAUUGUUAUAUAUCUGGAUAAAUAAAAUUUUCAGUUACCUUUUUUUUAAAAAUUUAUAAAUAGAAUGAAAGCUUGACUUAGAGCAAAGUUAUGUAUAUUUGUAAAAUGAAUUGUUGCAACGCUUAUCAAAAUGUUUACAGCUUAUUGCAAGAUUUUGG